AUGACCAGUUCUCCCCUGCCUCGCACCACAAGGCUGUUCUUGUAUAUUUUGGUGUUAGUUUCGUGUACCGGUAGACAUCAGACAUCAGCCUCCUCCAACCGACCUCAGUUUUCACCCAAUAGAGCCCCCAGCACUCGUUUGUAUCCCCAUGAUAGGGACCAUCAUGCUCGUCAUUCUCUCGAAAUUUUGGAAGAACAUCCACUGGAACUCUACCAUGGAAAAACUCCUGGUUUUCUGAAUGGAGUUGUUCUUGUAUCAGCUACAAAUCUGCUCAUCAAUGUCCUUCGACCCGACGAAGCAAUCAUGUGGCAGUUCAAAGUUCCUCGUAUCCUAUGGGAAAUAUGUCUGAUGUUUACCGCCACAAUAUGCAAAGUGCCCGCUUCCACGCCAUCCAAUACGUCCUCCUUGGUCUAUCUCACACUCUCCACAAUGCUGUGGACCACAGCCUUGACGGAUAUCUUCCUUUGGGCACCUCUUUUUGCAUUCUGGUCCGGAAUGGACAAUGAAGACUGCUCAGGAGGCUGGUUCACGGGCAGACCCUAUGUAUGUGUCAAGAACCCAGAAAAAGGAUACGGAAGAUUGUUGGUAACCAUGUAA